AUGCUCCGUGCAAUGGCCGCCACAGCAAAGCGUGUCCCAAUUCCUAAAAAUGGAGUCGACUAUCGUCAAAAAAUUGUCCUGGCACCCAUGGUCCGCAGUGGUGAACUCCCUUCGCGUCUCCUGGCCCUCAAAUACGGCGCAGACCUGGUCUGGGGCCCAGAAACAAUCGACAAGGCAUUGAUAGGAACCACUCGACAUUUCAACCCAAUCACAAAGACCGUGGACUUUACAAGAAUAUCUUCGAAUGGUGCCAAAAACCCGAGCUUACACCCCGAUCAGAGAGAAAGCAUUAUUUACCGCCUUCAUCCGGAAAGAGAAGGUAAGGAGCUCAUCUAUCAGAUGGGAACCGCAAAUCCGGAGACAGCGGUGGAGGCUGCGAAGAUUAUUGCUGGAGAUGUCGCCGGGAUUGAUGUAAAUGCGGGAUGUCCAAAACCUUUCAGCACGAGUGGAGGAAUGGGUGCUGCCUUGUUGAAAACCCCGGAGAAGCUGUGCUCCAUUCUUGAGGCGCUCGUCAAGCACGUUGGAGAGGUCUUUGAGAUUGGUAUCAGCGUGAAGAUUCGAAUUCUCGACACUGCGGCUGAGACGGAAGAGCUCGUGAGGAAGCUAUGUGCUACGGGGAUUACUGGACUUACGGUACAUUGCCGUACUACACCGAUGAGGCCCAGAGAACGAGCCAUCAGAGACCAGUUGAAAGUGGUGGUGGACGUGUGWCACGAAGCUGGUGUGGCUUGUGUGAUGAAUGGUGAUGUCUACAGUCGGGACGAAGCAAUGGAGCUCAUGAAAGAAUAUGGUGCGGACGGAGCAAUGAUUGCCACGGCCGCCGAGACCAACCCUUCGGUGUUUAGGGCUGGUGGUAAGGCGGAGUGGGAGGAGGUCGUGAAGGAGUAUGUCAAGACCGCAAUGGAGGUGGAAAAUCGAUGGGGAAAUACAAAGUACCUUCUCGGCCAGAUGAUUCCCGGAAAGCAGCAAGUCUACAAGACCAUGAUGGCUUCGAAGAGCUAUAGUGGGAUGUGCAAGGCGCUGGGGUAUGAGGAAUUUGAAGCGCUGGCGAAAAAGGUUGAUGAGAGGUUAGAGAUUGGUGCUUUCGAGAAACCAAAGAUGACCAAGGCGGAGAGAAAAGCAGCAAGCAAGGCGAUGGUGAAAGGGAAAGUCGAGGGCGAGAAGAUUGAAAUCAAGAAGCCACUUUCUGCGACGGCAGCGGGGAUUAAAAGGACGGCAGAUCAAGCCGAGCUGGACAUGCCGCCUGACAUUGCGAUGCAAAGAGCACCAGGGAGUGUGUCUGAGAACGUUUCACAGCUGGCAGUGUGA